UCUCGGCCAAUCAGGAUGUAGAGACAGACAUGGAGACGUUCCAGAUGGAGAUUGACAAGGAGAGCAAGAAGUGCAUGUUCCGGACCAACGGAGGCACUUAUUGGACACUGGUGUCUCACGGCGGGAUACAGUCCACAGCGACAGAAGUGGAAGCCAACACCAUGUUUGACAUUGAAUGGCUCGGUCGGAGAGUGGCUCUCAAGGCCAGCAACGGGAAGUAUGUCUGCACCAAAAAGAACGGGCAGCUUUCAGCAGUCAGCGAUUCUGUAGGUGAUGACGAGUUGUUCCUGAUGAAGCUCAUCAACCGCCCCAUGUUGAUCCUUCGAGGAGAGAACGGAUUUGUGUGUCACCACAAGAACUCCAACACGCUAGACUCGAACCGUUCCGUCUACGACAUCUUCUCAUUGCUCUUCAGUGACGGAGCCUAUCACAUCAAAAGCGUGGGCGGAAAGUUCUGGUAUGUCUCCAGCAGUGGGCUGGUGUGCUCCGACGGAGACAAGCCGGAGGACUUCUACUUGGAGUUCCUGGAACAUGGGCGUGUGGGCAUUAAGGGCAAGAAUGGCAAGUACCUGCGUGGGGACCAGGGAGGCACGCUGAAGAGUGAUGCUGCCGACUCAGACAGCUCCUCCCUCUGGGAAUACUGAGCCCCCUGGG